AGCCUAUUGGAAUUGAGGAAAGACGCAUCCAGGACAUCGACUCAUAAAUCGCCUCUCUCCAACAAUUAUACUAGUUCACGCCGAUUUCGCUCAUCGGUGGAUCAUCCUGCAACAAAAUUCAAGCAUUGACUUUCUUUAUUUACAUUCAGACUCUCGAAUUUAUUAACACUGGACGAAAACCUCACAUCAAAGAGGAUUAGUGUGUAGUCGAAGUAGGUUUUCACGGCUAGCCUUCAGCUACGAAAAACAACAAACCCGGAGAGAGCAGUUUCAAUUUUCCUGACAGACAAAACUGCAGAUAUAAACUCUAAACAGCAUUUUCUUUUAUUUCCACGGGCGUCGAAAAUAACACAUAUGAUGCUUUAUAGCUAAAACAUCUUUUGUUUUAUCGAAAAUAGUCUCUUUUUUUAAGGAUAUUGUCAUUUCCUUCGCUAAGCUAGCAACUCCGAACAAAGAAACAAAUCCAGCUUUCGUCGCCUCGUCAACUUUUUGGGCCUUUUUCAAUCAACGAAACGCACUUUUUAGUGUCAUUUGGGUAGAAAUGGCCCAACAGAGUAGUGCUCAGGUCGCCAGCUCUCAAAAAGCUCUUAUGUUGGAGAUGAAGUCGCUGCAGGAAGAACCAGUGGAGGGUUUCAAGAUCACAUUAGUGGAUGAAGCUGAUCUCUACAAUUGGGAAGUCGCGAUAUUUGGACCCCCAAACACUCAUUACGAGGGGGGUUAUUUCAAGGCUCGUAUUAAGUUCCCCAUCGAUUAUCCGUAUUCACCACCCACGUUUCGAUUCCUAACCAAAAUGUGGCACCCUAACAUCUAUGAGAACGGCGAUGUUUGUAUCUCCAUUCUUCAUCCUCCAGUAGAUGAUCCACAGAGCGGAGAACUUCCCUCAGAGAGGUGGAACCCCACACAGAACGUCAGAACGAUCCUGUUGAGUGUCAUCUCUCUGCUGAAUGAACCAAACACAUUUUCUCCUGCUAACGUCGACGCCUCCGUCAUGUACCGCAAAUGGAGAGACAGUAAAGGAAAAGACAGGGAAUACGCAGAGAUCAUUAGGAAACAGGUUUUAGCCACUAAAGCAGAGGCAGAACGGGACGGUGUUAAAGUUCCCACCACGCUGGCGGAGUAUUGCGUGCCUCCACGUGUCCCCGCGCUGGACGAGGGCUCUGACCUGUUAUACGACGAUUACUAUGACGACGAAGACAUAGAGGAUGAGGAUGGCGAGGACUGUUGCUAUGAUGAAGAUGACUCUGGCAAUGAGGAGUCAUGACGACAUUCCCAUUAUCACAUUCAUCCUUGUCUCAUCAGCAUCAUUUCAGAAGUCGAAACGUUACGGCAUGCGCCCCGCAUUAACAUUCUCUCCGAUGACCCUUUACUUUGAACUUUUAAUUUUUUUUAUUUUUUAUUAAAGCAUUAUGCUGUUUUUUGUCAGUGUCAUAUUGUGCUGGCAUUCAGCUUUACUCCAAAAUCCUCUACUUUUUUUUGCUUUAUUCUCUCUU